AUGGCCGGACAUCAUGGCAGCUUGAAAACAGACCCUGCUGUCGAAAACUUCAAUUUAUGGCGCGAGCAACAUUAUCUUCGUUUCCGAUGGAUUCCUGCUAACGUCAAGGCGGCCAUCCUCGGUAUGGUUGUCUUUCCAACUGUCCUGUAUACUGCGGUCAACUAUACUACUUCUCGGUGGUCUUGGAACGCGAAGCUCAAAGGUCAACCUUUAGCAGGCAAACCGGAAUGA